UAUUUGACUACCUACGCAUCUAACCACAUUUAACACGGCAGUGCAGAGGCAAGUACAGGCUGGGCAGCUUAUAUUCAUCACUCGGACCAGAGCUCUUCUCCUCACCCCCCACAACACCUUGGCGGACUCAGAGGCUCGUUCCCUCGUCUGUGAAAGACAGGCAGGCAGAACAAAUGGUGCAACCCAAGAAGAAGUUUCGUGGAGUCAGGCAGCGCCACUGGGGCUCCUGGGUCUCUGAGAUCAGACACCCCCUCCUUAAAAGGAGGGUCUGGCUUGGUACCUUUGAAACCGCUGAAGAGGCUGCACGGGCGUACGACGAGGCCGCCGUUCUGAUGAGCGGCCGCAAUGCCAAGACCAACUUCCCCGUGCAGAGGAGCAGCACCGGCGAUCCUGCCCCAGCUGCAACCCGGGACGUCCGUGGCGGCAGCUCCUCCUCCUCGACGAGCAACCUGUCCCAGGUUCUCAGUGCCAAGCUUCGCAAGUGCUGCAAGGCGCCGUCUCCGUCCCUGACCUGCCUUCGCCUUGACACCGAGAAGUCCCACAUUGGCGUCUGGCAGAAGCGUGCAGGGGCCCGCGCCGACUCCAACUGGGUCAUGACCGUGGAGCUCAACAAAGGGGCCGGGCCAUCCGGCGAUGCGAAGGCAGCGCAGUCCACAGUGUCAGCAACCACGGCUUCUUCACCGGCGAGUACAAUGGAUGACGAGGAGAGGCUCACGCUGCAGAUGAUCGAGGAGCUGCUGAGCAGUAGCGGUCCAGCUUCGCCAUCGCAUGGAGAAGAAGGUAGCUUCAUCGUCUGAAAAAGCAUGGACGAAACAGCAUCGCAACGUCGCCAUCCGAGAUCAGGAUCCCGUAGACUGGUUGGUACGCAAGCAGUUCAGGUUGUUUCAGGAAGAUAGAUAUACGUCUAUUACUCAAUCCAAGUUACAAAAAGCAUAAGUUUGCAAUUGUGUGCAGCUAUAUGUACUUAUAUUUGUUAUUACAUACAGUCACCGUCAAGAUACUUUAUUAUACACAUCAAUGUCAGUUAUGUAGUAUAUAUAAAGGAAAUAAAUAGAAUGUGGUUUUGUGUUA